CAUUGCAUGUCCUGGGUCCCCCAGAGUGUUAGGGGGGCUGCUCCUUGGCCUAGGCCCAGCCCUGGGUGUGAGUGGGUUGUACAGUGCACUCCUUUUUACAGGGUCUCCCAGUGUGCUCCCCACUCGGGGGUGGCUCUGUGCCCCCUCCCUAGGGUCUGGCAGAGCCCCUCCCUCAUUGUUUCCUGCCUCAUUGUGUCCCAGGGGCGCUGCCUCCCCAAGUCCCUGUCUGGGGUGACCAGGGGAGCCCCUUUGUGCUCCGUUCCAGGGAUUCCCUCCCAUCCUGGGGUUUUGCAGUCCUGGAGACCGGGCACCAGCCCCACGGGAACAGGGCCCAUUUGCCCCCACCCCGGGAACUGGUCACAGCCUGACAUUUAGGAGCCAGUCCUCCCUUUAGACUGUCUCCUGUCACUCCCUGGGGUUUCUGGGCACCUGCAGGUGAAGGGCAGGGCCAGUCCUGAUGGGGGGCACAAUCAGAUCAGAGUGACCUGUGGAGACCAUGGGGUAUCUGUGACACAAUGACAGAUUCAGAAGAGGAGUCCUUUGUCCGUCUGCCUGAUGAGCUUACACUGGAGAACAGCUCCCCCGAGAUGACACCCGAACACCUGCAGCAGGAGAUUGAGAAGUACAAGGAGCUUUGCCUGGCAAAGGCGGAAAGGGACAAGUUGCUUCAGGAAAAGCAGAAGCUCGAAAAGGAGCUGGAGGAGAGGAGAGUGGCCUGGGAGGAGCAAGCUCAGGCACCGCCCUGCCUGCCGGACAGAGAGAUGUUGUUUAAGGGACACGUGACGGAGGCCGAGGACGUGAACGCACUGGUGGUCGCCCCUCGGAUCCAGCGUGCACUACCCGGGGGCUCUGCCCUCCUCACCUUCGAGGAGCCAGAGGUUGCCCAGAGGAUCCUAGAGAUGAAGCAGCACGAGGUGAAGCUGGAUGAGAGUGCAGGGUGCGAGGGCCGGGUGCGAGUGCAGGCUGAGCCGGUGGAGCUGCUGCUGCCCUCAGCCCUGGAGAUUGAGCUGAAGCUGAGUGACAGGUGCAUCCUGCUGUCCAGCCUCCCCCGCCUGGAUCUCUCUGAGGAGCAGCUGCUGGACAAGCUGGAGCUGUUCUUCAGCAAGAAGAAGAAUGGGGGCGGUGAGGUGGAGCAGCGGGAGCUCCUGAGUGAUUCUGGGCACGUUGUGCUGACCUUUGUGCAAGAUGGAGUGGCAGAGCAGCUAAUGAAGAAAGGACGCAUCCAAGUCCCCAUUGGGAAGCAGACGUACGAACUCAAAGUGACGCCCUACAUGAGUGGACAGAUCACAGACCUUCAGGUCCGUCCGUCCGUCUGUGCCAAGACCGUGCUCCUGUCGGGGAUCCCGGACAUCUUGGAGGAGGAGUCCAUGAGGGACGCCCUGGAGAUUCACUUCCAGAAGCCCAGCCGAGGCGGGGGCGAGGUGGAUGCCCUGGGAUACGUGCCAGUGGGGGGGCAGGCACUUGCUGUUUUUGAGGAGGACACGGACUGAAGCUCCUCCGUGGACAUUAACCUGAACACGAGACAGUUGGCGCCCAGAGACUGGGCCUGAGCCCAUGUAUGUGCUCCGUGUAGAUUAAUCAGGCUCUGAUUGGAAUUAAAGUAUUCGGGAGCUGCUC